UUCGGUCUCGUUCCUCCACACAUUCCCAGAAGCAGAAGAAGCCGUGCUGCAGUGUUGCUGAUUGAUGAGCUGAGCUCUCCGACUCUACUAAUCAUCUUUACAUUCCAAUAUUUCUGACAGGGUUUUACCCCCACAGUUCCAUCUGAUCCGUUGUGGGUGUAUUUGAGGUGGUUAACUGCGUUCUGCUGUAAAGCUCAAGAUAGAAGCUCUGUCCUGUCGAAACAGUCAAGUAGAAAUUUACUUCUGGAAGACCCUCAGAAUGAAGUCAGUUGAAAUUAAAUGUGAGGAUCUGGACCCAACCGAGAGUCCCGGUGGUCUCCAGAGCUCACACGCUUCCUUCCAGAUGAACAGCUCUUGCGUACAGGCGCAGAAGGACCUUCACCAGUGCGCGCAGUGUGGAAAGCGCUUUAGUCAAAAGUGCAACCUCAAACAGCACCAGCAUAUUCACACUGGGGAAAAGCCGUACGAGUGCCCGCACUGCGACAAGAGGUUCAGUCUGAAGAGCACGCUGAAGCAACACCAGCGAACGCACACUGGGGAGAAGCCGUACCAGUGCCUCGACUGCGGGAAGCGCUUUUCACAGACCACACACCUUCAGCAGCACCUGCGCAUUCACACCGGAGAUAAACCGUACUGCUGCUUAGAGUGUGGUAAAAGCUUCAGCCGAGUGGGCACGCUGCAGGUUCACCAGCGCCUCCACACCGGGGAGAGGCCUUACUACUGCUCGCAGUGCGGGAAGAGCUUUAGCGAGAGAGGUACCCUCGUCCAGCACCUCCGGAUCCACACCGGAGAGAAGCCCUACCAGUGUUCACAGUGCGAGAAGAGCUUUGUCGGGAAGAGUAAUCUCAAACAGCACCAGAGGAUUCACUCGGGGGAGAAGCCGUACCCGUGCUCGUACUGCGGGAAGAGGUUCACGCAGAGGGGGAACCUCCGGAAGCACCUGCGCAUUCACACCGGAGACAGACCGUUUCAGUGUGUCGAGUGCGGGAAGAGCUUCACGCAAGCGAACGACCUCCAGCUCCACCAGCACAUUCACACGGGGGAGAAGCCGUACUACUGCUCGGCCUGCGGGAAAAGCUUCACCAGCUACAGCAACUUCCAGCAGCACCAGCGCAUCCACACGGGAGAGAAGCCGUACCGGUGCCCGCGGUGCGGGAAGAGCUUCAACCGGAAGACUAACUUCAGACAACAUCUGCGGAUCCACACGGGGGAGAAGCCAUACCGCUGCCCUCAGUGUGGGAAGAGCUUUAGUCAGAAGAGUCACGUCAAUCGACACCAGCGCAUCCACACGGGGGAGAAGCCAUACCCAUGCCCUGAGUGCGGGAAGAGGUUCACCUGCCAGAGUCACCUCCAGCGGCACCAGCGCAUCCACGCGGGAGAGAAGCCGCACCAGUGCUCGCACUGCGAGAAAAGUUUCAGCGAAAAAGGGCUCCUAGUCAAUCACCUGCGCGUUCACACUGGAGAGAAGCCGUAUCAGUGCGGGGAGUGCGGCGUGAGCUUCACACAGAGGAGCAACCUCCACAAACACCAGCGCAUUCACACCGGGGACAAACCAUACCUCUGCCUGGUGUGUGGGAAGAGCUUCACGCAGAAGUCAACGCUGGAAAUCCAUCAGCGCAGUCACACUGGAGAGAAGCCGUAUUACUGCUCUUACUGCUCCGUCAACUUCAGUACCCUGAGUAACCUCCGGACUCACCAGCGCAUUCACACAGGGGAUAGACCGCGCUGCUCUGAGUGCGGCAAGAGCUUUAGGACGCACAGGAACUUCAAGCAGCACAAACACGUGUACGGCACAGAGACCCGCGACGUGCUGCAGCGCUCCACAGGAAGUGUGGGAGUUAACUAGCCGUAUUCAAAAUGGCAUAUUUUUAUUAACAAUAACCACUUCAUCAAAACAUUUUUCAUUGUACUGUUGAUGACGUGGCCUCAAAAAGUAUUUUUUAACACUCAAAGCAUAUGUAGAAAUGUACAGAUUUCACAAGAAACAUCAAACCACUUUCAAACCAAAUGUUCAAGCAGAACUUUUCUCUGAAAUUAUUAUUUUUUUUAAAUAGAGAUUAAAAUAAUAGAUCUGGUUGUAAUUAGAUCAUUUAAACGUAGGUGCACUAUGUUUAAUAGACGGGACAGUGGGGAAGGGGAGUGCCAUCACUUUGACCCUCUGGAAAAGAAUAGUGUUCACACACCAUCACAUUCACUCCAUUAACACAACAGAAGAGCGUUGACCAAAUCAUCCAGACCUCAGGACUCUGAACCCCAUUGACCACACGAACCCCAGUUACCCCGCCACUUGCACUUGGUUUUUAAGUGAGAAAACUAAUGUUAUAAGGGACGGGUAACAUUAAAUUACUCAUACAGUAUGUCCCCUACAUAAAAACAUUUAAGUUACAAACUUUCACAACAUAUGUUAGUGCAUGUUAUUUAUUUGUUAUUUUAUUUGACAUUAGGGACAUUGGACACUAAUCCACAUACAGUGGAACCUCAGAUUACGAGUAACGCGGUUUACGAGCAAAGAUUUUUAAUAAAUUUUGACUUGAAAAACGAUCAUUGUCUCGAGUAUCAUGUAUCAGCCAUGCACUUCUUGUUUUGAUUCCAAAGUGUGACUAACGAUGGUCCCUGCUAAUUUUCCCGAUAAAACAGUCUCGCCGUUAAUGUGGUGUGUGUGUGUGUGCACGCACAUUACACACAAACACAGCGCCUGCAUGCACAAACGGAAACACUUAUCUGUCUGGAUUUAUUUUUACUUUUUUUUAAGGUAAAGAGCAGGUUUUCUUUUUUUUACUUUAUAUUUAGUAUUAAUUAUUCUUUGGUAUUUACUUUUCCGGAAUGAAUAGUGCUCGUAAUCCAAGGUUUCACUGUAUUUGUAAAUGUUUCCAAACGGCUGUCUGUCUUCUGCAGUCCCUGAACAAUAAAAUGUCUACCCGAUCUGUUCUAUCACAGAAGUUAAACUGUGUAUAGCUAAUUGUGUUAGUAUCCUAGUGACUAGAUGAACCCGUUCAUAUGUAGGGGACAAACUGUAGUCAGUUUACAGUCGGUUGUGGAGCUGGUAAAUAAAGUUAAGGUAUAAAACUCAACUUAUAAAAAACUUUGUGUUUAAAAAUGUUUAAGCUCCUAAAAUUUUUAUAAAAUUGGGAAAAAAUGUAAUAUUGAAUCGAAACAGUUAUAAAAUACUCACUCACUCACUCACUCAUCUUCUAUACCGCUUUAUUCUGUAUUCAGGGUCGCGGGGACCUGGAGCCUAUCCCAGGAGGCUUAGGGCACGAGGCAGGGUACACCCUGGACAGGGUGCCAAUCCAUCGCAGGGCAGUUAUAAAAUUUUUACCCUUUAAAUAUAUUUACACAAUGGCAAUUUUAAUGGAAUCAGCACCAAAGUAUUAUGUUAUCAUAUCAGGAGAUGACUGGGCCCCUAGAAACUAAAUGAAUAAAAGAAUGUUCCUGAUAAUGCUAAUAGAGCAAUGAAAUCUUGUCUUGUUUCUGUAAAUUAAAAAAUAAAUGUGAUGUCUGAGAUUUUGGUGAUAAAUCUGACUGAGAGUCAUCUUGUGUAUCAGUUACCUGAAGUAGGUAAAGAACUGUUAGCAGUUUGAAGUGAUUUCUUCUUUAAAGCGGGCCUUUACGUUUAGCGUGCCUGUUCAUGUGUGGUGUAGAGACGAACAGCAACAUACUUUGAAGAUGAAAAGCCUGAGUACACACUGUCUGGAUGAAACAGAAAUUUACACUCUUGGAUUUCACUUAGUCACCCUAAGAUGGUUCUGAAAUUCCUCAUGCUGUAAGAACCGCUCUUUCACACUCAGGCUCAGGAGGAGGCUCAGUCUGGACUCGGCAGAUCACGUGUGUUAUGACUGGCGGCGUAAAAGAUUAGAAGUGGAGAUCACAGAGGGGUGCUUUUGCAGGCGGCCGGGAGGACUCCUCCCAUUCUGAAGUAGUGUGGUGCUUUCUCAACCACAAAAUAAUCUCUCUGGGUUAGGAGGCCCUUCAGGCGGCUCUGGAAGCACCAAGACCACAGCUGCAGAUGGAUCAGGUCGGCUGGGCGAUAAGGGGUUUGUGCUGCUGGACACAGGGGAACCCUAGUACUACUUUAAAUCCUGGUAGGCGGAAUGGCAGAAAUGAGCCUUAGUGUGACUGGGGCCGUCUGGUGGGUUAUGGGGUCCAACUUAAACAACUGGCUGUCUGGAAAUGCCACUGCGGUUGAGAAAGGAAGCAGGUUAUUGGGAAUGCCCAGCCCCGGCACUAGCUUCCAAUCUAUAAAAUUACUCAGGGCUCCCAAAUCAAUAAAUGCCUCUAAGUGGACCUUCUGUGCCCAACUCCAGAAAGUGUGUCUGGCAGGAAGAGCCCUGCGCGAUGGCAUUACGGAUUUUGGGCCGCUACUGAAGUUAAUGUUGCACAAUCAUGGCCUUAUUUGAAGGGUUGUUCAUACAGGAUGAGGCGCCUCUUAUACCUACUGCACUUCACUAAAAUGUUGGUGUUCAAAAAUUCCCACCUGAAAAAGCUCUUCCGGGCAGGUUACAAUAAUGCAGAUUAAUACUAAUAAUAUAUCAAUAAGACUGUUCAGACUGUUCAUCUGGCUAACGUGUGCUAGCUAACUUCGCUGAUUAGCCUACAUGUGAAUUUUUAACAGCAUCACCCUUAUUUUUCAUCUGGAAUUAAUUCAAACUGUGGUGUUCAUGAAGGUGUGAGAGCCCAGGUGUGUUACGUUUUACUACAGUAUAAGGAAGUCACAAUAAAGUUCCUAAUCACAAUUGCUCACUUUUUUACUUUUACAUCCAGUACUUAAGUACAUUUAUCCAUUCAGUAUCAGAAGAUUACUUCUGAUAUUUUAAGAGUUUCACUCAAGUGACUGGAACUUCUACCCCAAGUCAUUUUUCUGGUAAGAUUUAUUUAUAUUUAUUAAUAGAUAAAAUAAUGAUCACAGUCUGGAAACAACAGGUGCACUAGCCUUACCUCUGUAGUCUGCAUUUCAGGGUUCCUCAAUAUCAGGUGCAGUAUUACUCGUCACUGUUACUAUGUACAAUUAUAGGGGGCAGUGGUGGCUCAGAGGGUUAAGGCACUGAGUUACUGUAUCAUGGAUGACCCUGAACUCUGACCUCAGUUACACUGGAACAUGUGAAGAAGGAAUUUCACUGUGCAGUAAUGUUUAUGUGACAAAUAACGACUUCUACUGUACAGAAUCAGAAUCUGAUCUGGUUCUGUCAUUCUUAUUGACAGAACUGUUGCAUUAUUGGCUGUUGCAUUUUACUUUCUGUUUAUCUUAUGCUUACUUUGUGAGGUUUUAUUUUUACUUUAUUUAUUAAUUCAUUUCAUUACUUCUUAUAUUUUAAUAUUUUUUAUGCUUUUGGAGCUGUUUCUGUAGUUUUGUCUCACAAAAACGUCAUUCGGGAUUAAUAAAGUUCUAUCUCAUCUAAUUAUCUUCAAAGUUUACAUCCAUUCAGAU